AUGGACAAACAGUCUAAACGAGGACAUUCAAAAGUUAAUCCAUUAGUAAUUUUUGGGAACCAAGAGGGAUUAGUUCUUGAGAAUGAAGAUACAAAAUAUAGAAUAUCAAAAAUUGUUGGUAGUGGGGCUUUUGGUAUUGUUGCAUUUGCCGUUGAUUUAAAUACAAACGAAGUUGUUGCAAUUAAAAGAGUAAUUCAAGAUCGUAGAUAUAAAAAUCGUGAAUUGCAAAUGAUGGAAAUGCUUAAGCAUCAAAAUGUGUUGGAAUUAAAAAAUUAUUUCUAUAGUAAAGUUUCAUGUACAGAAGACUUAUGUUUAAAUGUUGUAAUGGAUUAUUUCCCACAAAAUUUACACCAAUUAAUGCAUGAUUAUCGAAGAAGAUUACCUAUUGGAUAUACAAGACUAUUUUCAUAUGAAUUAGCUAGGGCUCUUGGAUAUAUUCAUUCAUUUGGAAUGUGUCAUAGAGACAUUAAACCACAAAAUAUAAUGGUUAAUAGAGAUACUGGUGAUUUAAAAUUAUGUGACUUUGGAAGUGCUAAAUUAUUAACUCCUGAUGAAUCAAAUAUAUCUUAUAUAUGUUCUCGUUAUUAUAGAGCACCAGAAUUAAUUUUUGGAGCUACUAGAUAUAGUACUGCGGUUGAUGUCUGGUCAUUUGGAUGUGUUGUUGCUGAAAUGAUAGUUGGUCAACCAUUCUUCCAAGGGGAAAGUGCUUCAGAUCAAAUUACUCGUAUUAUGAAAAUAUUAGGGUCUCCAACUGUGGAUGAAGUUAAAGCAAUGAACAAUGAAAGUCCAUAUACAAGAGUCCCACAUGUUGGUGGUGUUGGAAUUGAAGCUGCUCUUCGUUUCAUGAACCCACCAUUUACAGCUGUAUUAAUGUUAAUUAAAGUAAUGCAAUAUACUCCAGAAAAGAGACCAACUGCAGUUCAAUUAAUUACUGAUAAUUUCCAUAAAGAUUUGUUUACUGAAGGGUUGUUAUUACCUAACGGUAAUCCACUACCUAUUCUAACUAAUUAUGAUGAAAAUGAAUGGAAAAGAGGAGAAGAAAAAGGAGUUAAAGCUAAAAUGGAAAAUUUUGUUGAGAUGGAGAAAAAGAGAAUAAACUCACAACAAGCAGUUGCUCCAGUUACAAAACCAAGUGAAGAAAAUGCUUAG